AUGGACACCCACGGUGUUAGCCAUACGCGACCUCUUCUCGACGAUUCCUUUGGCAAUCUCAAUCCUGAACAUCAUAUCUUACCAAAGAUGGACAAACCUGUGUCUCAACCACCAUACGCAUAUGUCAAAGCAGUUUCGCUAUUCGGGGAUACUUUCCUAGGUACUCCUCCUCGCAAGAUCAGGAACUUGUCAAGGCUCUUCAAUAGCCUGGGUUUCGAGACGGAGACGUACCCCAUCCUUAGUCACCACGAUCUUGAUGAAGUAAACAAUAUUAUACAGUAUGAGCACGAUUUCCUCACACGGGAGAAGCGUGUUCUUAAUGCACCUUGCCUGUUGAUCAUCCAUUAUGUUGAGCAUGCAAACGAAAAUAUCAACCGAUACUACUCUGGACCUAAAAAGCCGCAGUAUCCAUCGACAAUCUUGCAGCCUCGCCGCGUAGAUGAGCCACACCUCGAAUGGUCCAAAAUACAAAGAAUAUUCGGGGAAGCUACGUUCGACCUCCUUUUCAUCUUGGAUUGUCCGCAAGCUACUUUGAAUGCCGCAACACGAUCAAGGAUCCAUCAUGAUAGUGUCUACGGUCGGUUUGAACUACUUGCAGCCACAAGCAAUACAGCUGAGGCCGAAAAACUAAAAGGCGACUCUUUUACGGAUGCUAUAACCACCAUAAUGGGAGACAUGAUCACGAAGUAUGGCAGAAUUGACAUCGCUAAACUCUAUGCCAUACUAGUGCAGCAAGCCUUUGGUUUGGAUACCGUUCCUUUAUAUGUCCCUCUUCGUGAAGGCGCUUCUAAGCGAACUAUCGUACUUGAGAGAUUGUCGGAGCUGGGAGAGGAAGAACAGGGAGUGGACGUGUGGAAAGAACCUAUGGUCCCCGGCCCUAUAGCUAGCAGAGUCUCGCCAAUGCCAAGUUCUCUCCCAUACUCUGGGAAGGAACAAUUCCAAAACAACACAUUGUCACAAUUCCCGAGACGCGGGUCCAUCAGCUCUUUAGACGAUAUCCGUAUUCGAAUGCAGUCAUCACUUUUGGAAAGUACCGACGCGAUUCCGCAUACUCGGGCGUCGACUGUCGAUACCUCCCGUGUCCGUCCGAGCCCAACAGAUGGAAGGAAGCCUUCCUCGUUGGAAUCUCCUCCAUCGUUAGGAGAGAGUCUUGUGGUUCCUCCAACGAAUAUCAUCGACACGGGUUUAGUCAACCGUUUUGUCCGACGAUUGAUCAGUGACUCAAAAAUCAUUGUCAGUCUUGGGUCCCCAAGCGAAAUCCUGCCGCUUGAACUCGACAACUGGCUGAAAGUCUUCGCGUGGAGAUUGCAUGAAGAAUCAACAACGCCGCUCGAACGGAGAGCAUCAUUACAUCUCUCUCAGCAAAGCAACCAGAUCGUCAGCGCUAUACGCAGAGGCGAGCAUCCUGAAGAAGACGAAACCGACGACCGAAAAGAUUCCACCGAACGCUCGCCACCUGCACAGAAAUGGGAAGCUCCAACCUCAUCUACUCAAAGAGUCUAUCCGCCGCAAUCUGAUAGGUACGAUGAAUGGAUCUUGAGGUCAGAUGCGUACCACUGGCUUCUCGCAAAGCUUAGAACUAGGACUCAAGUCUGCUGUCCGGGUCCGAAUAUCAAGGAUAAAAUCGGAUCGGACAUACUUCGCGAGGUUGUCCAGAACGUACGUGGCCAACAUUCAGCGUCGAUCGUUCGCAUGCAAAUUGAUAUAAUCUGGGAGCUGGCGAAGUACAUUGAGUCACUGGGAUUGUCACCUUCUCCAGACAUGUGCAAUCAUAUAUUAUGUUUGACAGGCUCACGGAAUGACCUUCAGGCAGUUACAGUGGCUACAUAUCUCUGCCAUACAUGGCCAACCACUGGCAAAUGGUUGGAAGGUAUGCUGUUAGAGCGCCUACGUUGCUGCUCAGGUCAAAUACGCUCAUGUAUGUUCCGCAUUAAGCUCUAUGCUUCUCUCGCUGAUGUAACCUUAGACGUCCUUUCGUCUACACUUCAUGUAAAGCUCAACGUUACGUCUACUGGUCACUGCUCGAUAGAGGCUCAUGGUGGCCCAUACAUGGUAGCCGAAUUUGCAGAGCAGGUCGCAUGGCUAGCGGCUACACUACGUUUACCACCGCCACAAGAAACACCCGUUAUGGUGUCACUGCGUAUGACAACCUUAUCAGUAAAAGCAUCGACCAAUCAAGAUUAUUCCACAGAAAUCACGAUAUCGAGUAAUCUCACCUUCGACGUUCAGGAUGACAAGGAGCUUUUUGUUUCGGUCAAAGGUAUCUGCUGGACUAAGCUCUUUGCAAACCCUAUCAUAGUUAGCGGUUAUCCUAUACUCCGAAAGUCGACGCCAGCUGCAGGUCUUGAGGCAUCGCUAGACACUAUAGCCAGCCUCUUACAAGCCCAACAAGUGGCUCUUCUGGAUAACAGGAUCAUUAUGAAAGGUUUCGACACAUUGCUGGUUGCUACUGAAUUUGUCACGGACGAUGAUCUCAUUAUGUGGCAUGCUUAUACUAGCAGCAAACCGGGCAAGCGUAUAUCUUACUACGACCCUCGGAUAAAGGAAACGAUCUCGAACGAAAGACAGUUGCCUUUACUCCGCUCACUGGGAAACUGUCGUCAUAUCAUUGGAUGGUGCUCUGAAGCGGCAGACUUUUGCGGUCAUCCACAGGCUGAUCUCGAUGUCUCCGCAUCUGGAACAUUGCCAUCUCCUUCGUACAGUGUCAUCGACCGUCUAUACAUUGAAGGAGGCAUGUAUGUGAUAGGGGGCUUGAAUGCACGAAUCAACCAGAGAGAGCAACCAAUAAUAUCUGAAGAGGCCCGUGAUUCUUCCCAGGUGCUCGGUUGGCUGAGUGAGCAGUUUGUCAACUUUUACGACGUGACAGACCGCAGAGCCUGGCUAGUGGAUGGUGCUUCGGCAUUACUCCACCUGGUCCGAAUCUCUCUGCAAUUGGACGAGACCGACCCUGACAGCCCGUAUGAUUGGGCCUUUGACAAAAGCCAGCUGAAAGAAAACUGGGUCGAUCGGGGCGGGCGCGCUGCAGCAAUACGCACACUAAAAGAUUGGGAGAACCGCGCGCUGAACGUCUACAUAAAAGACCGCUCCUUGGGAAAUGGCCAGCCAGUCGACACGUACUCAACCUUUGGAAACAGAGUGGACAAGAUACUCCAUACUUUAGAGCUUAUCAUCGAAGCCCGGACUCGUGUAGCUGCAGAAGGAGGCACCAGGGUCAACCAAAGUUUGGACACACGGAAAAGCAUUGUGGGUUUCGACAUCCUCGAUCUUGUGAAAUCUCGUCCUCAGUUUGUUUCUCGCAUUGAGCGAUUCGACUCUGGGGAGAACGGCUGGGUCGAUCUGUUACCUAACAUAGGUGUGCUCACGGUCUUUGGGAAAGGCUUCGGAGAUCUCAUCCGUCCUAGUAAUGCUGACGCUAUGUGCGCAGCAUGGCGAUCCAUUCCUAAGGGUGGAAACCACUUGACUUCUUCCAUUUCAACUAUUGCAUUGCUGUACAAGGAAAAGCUACAGCAAUCAGGACCUGGGCUGGAACCGGGAGGUUUAACGCGCAAGUUUGAUUGGGUAUCGCCAUGUCGGCCUUUCGACUCUUGCCGGUGUCUAAAGGGUAAACAAACCGGAAAGCUAGAGCAUCACGAUCCAGCGCAGUACAUUGUAUCCAAAACAUUUUUACGGACGCGAAUACUGAAAGAGGUAGUCCCUGUUGAUAUAUCUUCCUUGACGGCAACUGGCGCUGUUGUGUUUGUCAACCUCUCAAAUUCAGGUCGUCGCAUUAAACCCAAGACUGUCAAAGAAACCGAACACCACUUACAACAACUUACAGUGGGCACUGCAUCGAGUAGCGGUAACGGAAGCCUGACAGCCUCGGCUAGCCAGUCCACUACAGCUCAGUCGUCAGACUCCACAAACGCGACCGAAACAAGCGCAUAUGUUGCAGAUCCGGCGACAGGUCAGGGUCUAAGUGGACCAGUUGAGGACCAGGGCAUAUCGGCCAAGUGGAAAGAAAAGAUGAAGAAAAGGCUGAAGACAUUUUAUCCAUCUCAAAGGCAUCCGGCCCCAUGA